CUCCUCGCCUAUUGGCUGAGAGAUCCUGUGUCUUGAGAAUCUGAGCCAAUAGCUACCCUGUUGGCGGGGCCUAAGGUCGAUGAUAGCUGGAGCCAGCUGGUUCGACGUUUGACAGAACUGCUAGGCAGACGGGAGUAACUGACUGGAAAACCCUGCCGGAAGGCAAAAGUGAGGCCAUCAAUAAAUAUGGAUGCAGAGAAAGAUGAGGAUCCUACCAGUGUCUCAUCCACCCAGCCCGUUGUCAAGAUGGAGCCACUGAUGUUCUACAGAGUUUGUUUUGAGAUAGCAAAACCCACAAAACUGGUGCCUAAGAAUUCUGCGAUAUGUAGGAAAAUAAAGAUGGGUUUCAUGGCCCGCCGAGAAGAUUUCGACGAUAUCCUCAGGACAAGUGAGGUGCCGCUGGAUGAUAAGACAUUGCAAAUGCAGUUGCGGUUCUGUUUAUGGCGACCCCAACAUCCUCAAGUCGAUCAUCUUCCUCGACACUUGAAUGUCACGGUCAACCGGAAAAAGUGUUUCGUUCUGAAAGAGAAAGAGUCCAAUCAGCGCCCCAUCAACAUCACGGAUCUGGUGCGUUUCUCGGACGUGGAGCACAACGUCAUAAAGGCCACUUGGUCACUGACCGAUAGGCGGGAAUACGCCAUGUCUGUCUGCUGGGUGAAGCCUCUUACCACAGACAAUUUACUACAGGAGCUGAGAGCAAAGGAUGUUUUCCCUGCAAACAAGACACGGGCCAUAAUUCGGGAGAAGCUGGCAUCCCAUGGAGAAGAAGAACCUGCCCCCAGCAGCCUCCGUAUCUCCCUCAUAUGCCCGCUGGGAGGGACCCGUGUGUCCGUGCCCUGCCGCGCGCUGUCCUGCUCCCAUCUGCAGACUUUCGAUGCGAUCCAGUACCUGAAAUGGAACGAGGAUAAGGAGACAUGGAGAUGCCCGAUCUGUGUCAAAAGAGCAUACUUCAGAAAUCUGCUGGUGGAUGAGUUCUUCAUCGACAUCCUCAACACCAGUCCUAACUGUGAAGAUAUUGAGCUCCUGCCUGAUGGGUCCUGGUACCCAGUAGAGCCCAGGAGAGACACGGAUGACAGUAACGCCCCCGGCCCCAGUGGCCUCCAAGGCCCUCCUCCUGCCAGCAACAGUGAAAUCCCUAUGACUGCCCCGAGAGACUGCAGGUUGUCCAACGUAGAGCUGCAGAUUCCAGCCACCACGGUGGACACCCCGACCUCCAUGACCAUGAUAGUGGCGAGAAGACAUCAGCAGCCCUCAGGCCUGUUCUGGGGCCUGCCCCAGGGCAGAAACCUCCAGCAUUCUAGAUCCCCGCUUUCUUCCCCGGAGGCAAUCUCCACAAGGGCAUUCCAUGACCUGAAUGUCCCAUCUCGCUGUAAUAUCAUUAAACCGCCCUACGACUGGUCCUUCACCUCUCAGACCAGAUGUGACUACUGCUACAACCUGACCUGGCGCCCUGCAGUCCCGGCCCCGGCCCCAGCCCCGGCCCUGGCCCCACCCAUAGGCCCGGCCCUGACCCCGGCCCUAAGCCCGGCCAUGGCCCCGCCCCUAGGCCCGGCCCUGGCCCCGGCCCCGAUCUUGUCUCCCACCGUAGCCAUGGUGAGCACCCUCGGGGGGCAGUGGCGAGGAGCCGAGGCCAUGCCACCUAUGCCUCCUACCUACGUGGCCUCAGCCGACCCGAAAACUGGAGCUAUCUUCACCCAGGCGGGCUUUGUCACAUUCAGGAUCUGCCUCUGCUUUCAAGUCUGCUUCAUGGUAUACCAGUUUUCAUGA